UUAUUAAUGAAAUUAUAAUAUCAGGUCAUUAAAAUUUACAGCUUGCUCGUUCAACGUCAAAUUGUUUUAUGGACUUACCUAAUACUUCUAGUUUUUAAUUAAAUGGGAAGAGUGGAAAUUUAUCAAAUUAAAAAAAAUCGCAAAAAAGUUAUAGAUAUAUAUCAGCAUAUUUUUGUAUCUAUAUCUCAAUUAAAUGACAAUAAAAGAUAUAGAUAAAAUAAGGAAAAAUGGGCAGUUGUUUUUAAGUGUGUAAGAAAAGAUGGUUGAACGAAUUUGCCAGCCGUGCAGCCAGUCGUCCGGCACCCUUUUUGUAUAAACAUCUGAAUCUACCUGCAAUAAAAUACGCCGAGGCAACUCGUGAAUUGCUAAUUAAGAAUCUAGAGAUAUACUCUAAUUAUUUCAGAAUAUUUAACAAACUUUCAAAGAAGAUCGUGGAAAUAUUCAAGACACGUGCUAACAAUUAUCUCUCUAUUUGUUGUAUUUGAACACAAAACUGCAAAAACCAGUUGUCAUACUCAAGUAAUUUGUUGUCAAAAUAUUAUGACAACACUCGCUCACGUUAGGAUUACAAAUUGAUAAGCAAAUAAAAAAGUUUUGUAACACAAAAAUUAAGUGCAUGUAACCGGCUAAUAAUUAAAAAACGAAAGUGAUUUAGAAAUGGCGGAGAAACUCCUGGAAUACCAGGGGUACCUUGGAUGGCUUCACACAUUUCGGGAUAAUCAAAAGGAAAAGUGGGUGGCAUGGAAAGAACAACAUCCUGAUGGAAUAAAAGGAGUGUUCAAAGAAUUAGCAGCCAGUUUUUCGACACAAUCUGAUAGUUCCGUUAGUUCUGAAGAUUUCUCUCAUGUGUAUAGGAAAAAAUCCCGAGCAGAAUUGGUCAGAAUUUCAGCAGCCGUCAUGGGCAUAGAAUUUUCAUACGCUGCCGAAACGGCUUUUGUAUCACCAACACUUCUCAAAAUUGGCGUGAAACAUGAGCACAUGACUCUUGUUUGGGCCUUAUCACCUUUAAUAGGAUUCUUCCUGACACCGAUCCUAGGGUCACUGAGCGACAGGUGUCAAAUGCGACUGGGACGACGGAGACCCUUCAUUUUAGCAAUGUCUCUAGGAGUUCUUCUAGGCUUAAUUUUGGUUCCAAAUGGAGAAAACAUGGGUUACGCUUUUGGCGACAAGGAAUUUUCUUCAAACUUUACAUUAAGUUCUUCAGCUAAAGUAGCAGUAUUAGUUGGUGGGUCGUCUCAAAAUUCAACCAAUAUAAUUAUUCAAAAUCCUUAUCACCCUUGGGGAGUUUUCUUCACUGUUUUGGGAACAGUUCUUUUGGAUUUUGACGCGGAUGCAUGUCAAAGUCCAGCUCGGGCAUAUCUCUUGGAUGUGAUAGUGCUCGAUGACCAUGCCAGAGGAUUAAGCACGUUUACUGUGAUGGCCGGUCUUGGAGGGUUCAUGGGGUAUGCUUUAGGUGGUAUUAACUGGGAUUCCACUGCUCUUGGGGAGUAUCUUGGAGGACACGUCAAAGCAGUAUUCACCCUCAUUACAUUCCUCUUUAUUAUUUGUGUGACAUGCACAAUUACCAGUUUUAAAGAGAUACCGCUGUUCGUAUUGGAGAAAGGAGAAAAAUUAGAGUUUGUGGAUUUGUCCAAACCCAAAUCGAAACAUCCAAAGGAAUCCGAUAAAUUUGACGUUACCGCAGAAGCAAAUUAUGGAACCACAGAAGAACUAGAAAACAGUUCACCAGAGAAUCCUGAAGACUGUGACGAUGAAAAGGGUUAUCAGAAUAUGCCAAUGGAAAGAAGCGAAAGUUUUUCAACCCCUCCAGCUGAAGCGUCUUUACGAAUUUAUUUAAAAAGCAUCAUACAGAUGCCGUCGUCCCUUAGAAUCCUUUGUGUUACGAAUUUGUUUUGUUGGAUGGCUCACGUUUGUUACUCCCUUUAUUUCACUGAUUUUGUGGGAGAAGCUGUUUUUGGGGGAAAUCCAACAGCAUUGAAGGGCACAUUACUUCAUGAACAAUACGAGUCAGGAGUUAGAUUUGGAUGUUGGGGGAUGUCCAUGUACUCCCUGUCAUGUGCAUGUUACUCUCUCGUCAUAGAAAAAUUAAUAAACAUUUUGGGAGCAAAGAAGGUAUACAUUUGCGGUCUUCUAACUUAUUCUACUGGAAUGUGUCUGAUGGCUCUCACCAAGCAUAAAGUUGGAGUAAUUUUGUUCAGUUGGACUGCCGGAGUUAUGUACUCCACCCUCUUCACGAUGCCUUACCUUUUGGUAGCACAUUAUCAUGCAAAGGGAGUUUUCGAAGUUACCUCAGAAGGCGAAGAAAAAACUGGCAAUCAACUUCGCGGUUUAGGUACAGACAUCGCUAUUGUAUCGAGCAUGGUAUUUUUAGCCCAAUUUAUUCUUUCCAUGUGCAUGGGUACAAUCGUCAGCGUGUCGGGUACCACAACGGCAGUGGUGGCUGUCGCUAGCGCCCUUGCAUUUUUUGGAGCCAUUUCCGCCACACAAGUUAUGUAUUUAGACUUGUAAACUGAACAAGUAUUAAAAGCUGUUAAAUAAU